AUGGAAGAAACAAAUAGCAGCUCCGAGAGGGGCUUUCUUCUGCUGGGAUUCUCUGAUCAGCCCCGGCUUGAGCGGCUCCUCUUUGUUGUCAUCCUGGUCUUCUACCUCCUGAACCUCCUGGGCAACACAGCUAUCAUCCUGGUGACAUGCCUGGACCCCAAGCUGCACACGCCCAUGUACUUCUUCCUCAGCAACCUCUCCUGGGUGGACAUCUGCUUCACCACCAGCGUAGCUCCUCAGCUGCUGGUCACCAUGAACAAGAAGGACAAAACCAUGAGCUAUGGAGGCUGCGUGGCCCAGCUCUACGUGGCCAUGGGCUUGGGCUCGUCGGAGUGCAUCCUCCUGGCAGUCAUGGCGUUUGACCGCUACGCGGCUGUCUGCCAGCCGCUGCGCUACAUGGCCAUCAUGCACCCGCGGCUGUGCGUGUCCCUGGCCAGCACGGCGUGGCUCAGUGGCCUGGUGACCUCCCUCAUCCAGUGCUCCCUCACACUGCAGCUGCCCCUCUGUGGCCAUCGCAGGCUGGACCACAUCUUCUGUGAGGUGCCAGUGCUCAUCAAGAUGGCCUGCGGGGACACCACGUUCAACGAGGCUCAGCUCUUCGUGGCCAGUGUGGUCUUCCUAGUUGUCCCUGUGUCACUCAUCCUGGUCUCCUACGGCUUCAUAACCCAGGCCGUGCUGAGGAUCAAGUCUGCUGCGGGGCGCAGAAAGACCUUCGGGACAUGCUCCUCCCACCUGCUGGUCGUAGUUAUCUUCUACGGGACCAUCAUUUUCAUGUACCUUCAGCCAGCCAAGAGCAGGUCCAAAACCCGGGGCAAGUUUGUCUCUCUGUUUUACACCAUUGUCACCCCACUCUUAAACCCUGUUAUCUACACACUGAGGAACAAGGACGUCAAGGGGGCUCUGAGGGCGCUGAUCGUGGGAAAUGCGUUGGGGCCAAGAAGACCGUGA